AAGAGGGGUAUUCUCAUGGGUUUGCCUUGGUAUCGUGUUCAUACUGUUGUAUUAAAUGAUCCCGGCCGCUUACUUUCUGUCCAUAUAAUGCAUACGGCUCUGGUUGCUGGUUGGGCCGGUUCGAUGGCUCUAUAUGAAUUAGCAGUUUUUGAUCCCUUUGAUCCUGUUCUUGACCCAAUGUGGAGACAGGGUAUGUUUGUUAUACCCUUCAUGACUCGUUUAGGAAUAACCAAUUCGUGGGACGGUUGGAGUAUCACAGGAGGUACUACGCCGAAUCCAGGUAUUUGGAGUUAUGAAGGUGUGGCUGGAGCACAUAUUGUGUUUUCGGGCUUGUGCUUUUUAGCGGCUAUCUGGCAUUGGGUCUAUUGGGAUCUAGAAAUCUUUUGUGAUGAACGUACAGGCAAACCCUCUUUGGAUUUGCCAAAAAUCUUUGGAAUUCAUUUAUUUCUUGCAGGGGUGGCUUGUUUUGGUUUUGGCGCAUUUCAUGUAACAGGAUUGUAUGGUCCUGGGAUAUGGGUGUCCGAUCCUUAUGGCCUAACCGGAAGGGUUCAAUCCGUAAAUCCCGCAUGGGGUGUAGAAGGUUUUGAUCCUUUUAUUCCGGGGGGAAUAGCCUCUCAUCAUAUUGCAGCAGGGACAUUGGGCAUAUUGGCGGGCCUUUUCCAUCUUAGUGUACGUCCACCCCAACGUCUAUACAAAGGAUUGCGUAUGGAAAAUAUUGAAACCGUCCUUUCCAGUAGUAUCGCUGCUAUAUUUUUUACAGCGAAAGAUGAACAAAAAUCGAAAGCUCUGAUUCAAAAUUCUCUGGAUUCAGCCCCACGUGAGGAAUUGCCAAACCAUUUAACCAUUCAUCCAUUCCAAUAUAAUGGAUUAGUAAAUCAAAUAAUAGAUAGUCAAUGGGUUGGUUUGAAAAUCAACGAAUUGCUGGUUGUAGAAUAUUAUUCUCGUCAGACUUAA